UCGCCAGCCAUGGCCAAGGUGAGAAGUAGCAAUUUUGAUUGUCUAUAUUAUUAUUGCAAAGUACAAUAAAGAUGUUGAGUGGAACAUACAUUCCUGCCUUUGGAAUUGGGCACAUCGACACUGCCCAAGCUUACCAGAAUGAGGCUGAGAUUGGAGUCGCUCUGAAGAAGUGUUUGGAGGAGGGU